AUGUCCAACUUCGCGCGUCUGAUAAGACAAAAGUAUCCUUAUCGAGCUCCCUCGGCCAGUGUCGACCACCUGGUCGUUGGCGGAGGUGUUGUCGGUCUUGCAGUUGCGGCAGGGCUGGUCAACACGGCGGGAGCAGGACGAACGACAUUCCUUGUCGAGAGAAGGCAGCUUGAAGACUGGCAAGUUGCCACGGACAAGCACCAAAUUCCGUACCUGGAUGGACUGCAGGCUCAUUCGAACAAUUCCGCCUUCCUGAACGGACAGCCGGAGAGCGCAAUGGUCAACAACUCGGUCAUCCCGGCAUACUUUCUCUCAGGCCACGAGGCGCGGGACAUGGAGCCCGACCUCUCACCGAACGUGUGCGCCGCGCUCCUCGUAACCGAGACAGGCAUCGUGAACAGUGGCUCCCUCGUCGAGUCACUUGAGCGCGAGAUACAGGAGGAGGACUAUCUCAAAGCCAGCGGGGCGGAUAAGAAUGGUGUCGGACUCGCUGGCCGAAGCUUCGACAGGGGCGAAGGCGUCAUCGUUCCCGGCACGCGUGUGGUUCGGAUCGAUCCCGCAGAAGACGGCAAGGGGUGGGUCGUCCAGCUUGAGAGCAACUGGGAGGACGGGCCAGGGGACAUCGAUGCGGUGCGAGCGAGCGUUGUCGUUGACGCGGCGGGCAAUUACAUGAGCUACAAGGGUCCUGGCGUCGAGAAUGUCAACAAGCUCAUCUACCCGUGUCCCAGCGUCAGCUUGGAUUCACUCGGGACGCAUCUUACUUUCGACCUAGACGGCAACAUUCGCUUCGGCCCCGACGUGGAGGCACUCGGCAGUGCCGAGGACUCUGCCGCGGAUCCCGACUUCUGGCAGAAACACCUUGCGCCGUCGGCGGCACACCUCGAGUCGAUUGGUCAAGCGGCUCAGGCCAUGCUCCCUGGCGUUGAUCCCAGUCUGCUGCAGCCCGACUACGCCGGCUUCCGGCCAAACAUUGCCCCGCCAGGCGCUGGGUUCUUCGACUUCGUGGUCCGUCACUCGCCCCAGCGCCGCGGGCUCAUUGAGAUGUUCGGAUUCGCAUCGCCAGGUCUCACGAGUUCGCUGGCGGCGGGGGAGUACGUCGCGAAGAUGGUCAGAGCACAGGUGUGGGGUGGUCGGGAUGCUGAGAGGUUGGCGGAAGGGUGGGAGCAAUGA